GUUUGUCACUUUUUUUUAUGUUACAAACAAUAACAAACAUUGAUUUAAAAAAAACAUGUGAUUUAAUGUUAACUUUAUUAUUUUUUGGUUAGAUUUUAAAUAAAUGCUUUUAAUGGAUUUCUGCUCCGAUUUUGCAAUACUUCAAGGUACUCUGAUAAGUGCGCAAAGAAACUUUGGAUCUUUAAAUUCUUUAACUAAGGAUGAUGCAGUCAGUACUACAGCUAUUGUUGAUGCUACAAAGAAUGUCCUUCAGCGUAUUAGUAAAGGACAUUCCGAAGAAGAGAAAGAAAGCUGUUUGCGGAAGGUUAACAUGUUUCUAGUUCUCAACUCUGAUCUCUCUAUCAGAGAUUACCUCAUGGACGACAUUAAUUGCGGUCACAUUGUGGGCUGUACUCCUGUCAUGAGCAUGCAUCUGCUGAUGGAGCUGGUUUGGGGGCUGUCCCUUCAGAAGUAUUUUUUCGAGACUGUAAUGUUUUCACCGGCACCUCUGGGUGUCGAACUGCUGGCAGCAGCUGCAGAUACAAUCAAACUGCAGCAACCUAACGUUGCAUUGGGAGCUGUAGAUGAGCUUUGCAGAUCUGCGUACAUUAGGGCACUCACUUUACCUAGCGAUCAAAAUUUCACUCAGUCUAUGCUCAAUCAACUCUUUGUCAAAUUUAAAACUCUUUUGCAUUAUUUCCAUGGCGGUGAUGCAGAUUCUUUGCGACACUUUUCAAAUGAGGAGCUUCACGUGUAUGCAGGCCAGACAAUGGAAAGACUUUUAAAUUUACUGAAUUUUUGCCUAGCGAGAUAUUUGGAAGGAGCAUCUUGUAAGGAAUUCCCACAACCUGUGUACGACUUAACAUGCCCUUGGAAUAGCUCCAAAUACCCAGUGGAAGAAUGUGAAAUAUCUAUGGAAGACUUCAACAAAGAGCUUUUAACCAUGUGCAAGAACAAUCUCAAUCAUAUAACAGUAGAUGAAUGGUUGGAGUGGGUGGAGUUUGCGGCAGAAUCAGACAGCACCAAGACGCAACAGUGCGUUGUCGCGGAAAAGAUGUAUGAGUGUAAGGAAUGUCUGUGCUCUCUGGAGCACCCAGGCGACCUGGUAAGAGAUCUCACAGCGAUGCUGACGAGCAUGGCACGGAAGCCUAGGGACGAGGAGGAUGAAAUCCGAGAUGCAGGCAUGGAGGAGAUAGUCCAAAAUGUCUCGUCCCCAAGUAAAUCUCGUAGUAAGUGGCUCAAAGCACUCCUUAGAUGGGACAACAUUUUGGGAAAUGAACUGACUGUAGCGUGUUUGGAGAACAAUCUAGAUUUGGUUGACACUGAAGACAUAGAAACCAUAUUGCAUUUGGUUGUUUCACAUCUUGAACGUGGAGUCGAGAGUUCAGAAUGUGAUAGGUUCAAACGUUUAGCUUUGGAAGCUGUACGACAAGUUGACAUCGAUACUCGGAUCACAGUGCUAGAGCAUUUCCUGGGAGAAAUGGACUUGGAGAGUGAAAUUCUUUUGACUAGUAAUUUUAGAGACAAAGCAACGGAAGCAUUCAACAAAGGCAUUGUAGCUUCUGAAGAAGGUGAUAAGCUGCUGUCGGACUGCGCCGUCCUCUGCCUGGAGUCGCCCCGCCAGGUGGUGGAGCGCCUGCUUGGCGCGGGGUUGGCCAGCCCCUCCCAGGGCCGCAUGGCGGUCCGGGUGCUGGGGCGGCUGGGCGUCGCCUGCGACCUGCCGUGUGCAGAGGGGGGCCCCCUCCUGCUGCGCGUCUACCUGGAGCUGGUGGCACGGCACUGUGACUGGCCCGAUGCUCAGAGGGACAACUUCACCAGAUUUGUGGCGGCGCUUGUGAAACGAGGCAUCCUGGACGGUUCUGUAUUUGUUCGGAUGUGCCUUCUGCCAGCUCUUCACACCAGUCUCGUAGAGAAACGCUGGUCUUCUGUGCUCCUCUGGCUGCAAACUCUGCAGCCAUUGGUGGAAAGUGAAAAUUGUGAAUUGAAUGCUGCGUGCUUGCUAGUGUUCAUGGCCCAAGUGGUUGAGUUGAGCCAGUGGAACGUGUAUUCAUUCUCGCUGGAUGCUGUUCUUGUGCACGAGAAGGCUGUUCAUCUCCAGAAAAUUUUUGUUGAUGCACUGGAUGCCUCAUGUGGCUCUGAAGUGAAGUGGGUGCUCAGAAAACUGCAGCCCUUCCCUGCUCGCGCGUGGAGCUACCUGUCGAAGGUGUGGGACCCUUGGACGUGUGCGGGCCUCAAGCCACAAGACCUGAGCAUCCUCUUGCUGUACUUGGCCCACGGUGGGGACAGCCGCGCCGUCGCGACGCUGCAGACCACGAAGUACACUCGUCUCGAGUGGGUGCUGGGGCUGGUCGAGGUGGUGCCCACGCUAACUCCGAGUGAGUGGAACUUGCUCACAGAGAACUUAUCUGCUCUGAAUCCCGGCCCACUAGCUGUCUUCCACCUCAUAUCAGACGCACUGCUGUUCGUCUUCACGGCCGUCUGUGAUGCCGAGCACAAAGCUGUGGUCUCAUGUGUCGAGUACCUCAUCAGGAACAUCGCUGCUUUUGUGAAGAACUUUGUGUUGCCCAUCAUCGAUGCAGGCACCGUGGAGGCAGCUGUGCAAGUGUUUGAGAAGUGCACUCAGUUGCUCACGCUUCUGCCAGCUACGAAAGACGAGUCGACAGUGCUACAGUUCUCCAACGUCCUUGCGAAGAUCAUCUCGGUCGUGAUGUGCUCCAAUGAUACAUACGCACAAAGACUUACGGGAGCAAUCGACAAGCUGCAUGACGGAGAGUUGAAACAAGUUCUGACCAUGAAACUGCAAGUGCGUCACGUAGACUCGGACAUCUCGGAUGUGGAUUAAGUUUUGUGAUUUUGAAAAGUUUGCAAGAACUAGUAUCAUUUGUGGUAAGAUCAAAUUUGGUAAAAAUUUGGUUACAUUAUGGAUUCAAACUAAACUAUAAUGAAUUCAAAAAUAUUUUGUUGUUCAAGUUAAGGCCGUGUCCGAAUUCAAGUACACUGUUACUAGUACUUGCAACCCCUCAUACUUAUCUUGCUCUGUGAUGUACGAAAGCAUCCUACUUUAAUUUCUAGCCUCUACAAACUAUAUUAGAUAUUAGCCCGUUAACAAGUUAUCAUUAACAUUUUUUCAACAAAUAAAUUUCUUUCCAACAAAAAUUUUAACUUAUGUUCAUAAUUUUGUACCAAUUAAGAACCUCCUUUAAAAAUAUAUUUUUUUUUCUUAAGUUAUUAUUUAUUUUAUAUACACACACACACUCUCUCUCUCUCUCUCUCUCUCUCUCUCUCUCUCCCUCUCCCUCCUAUCCUCUCCUCUCUCUCUCCUCUCUCUCUCUCUCUCUUCUCUCUCUCUCCUCUCUCUCUCCUCUCUCCUGUCUCCUCUCCUCUCUCCUCUCUCCUCUCUCCUCUCUCCUCUCUAA